AUGGAUGUCGAAGCUUUUGUUCGGCAGAUAGGAGAAGAGGAUGGCGCAUAUGGGUCAUUUGCAAAUCAUCUGAGUGAUCCUAAUACCAUGGAUGCAUUCCUUGAAAGACUCCGUAGUGCAGUCAAUGAAGUGUUUGAUGAAGUCGGAUAUGUACCUGCAAGAAAGGAGACGAUGAAAGAAAUCUCAUACAAGCAUAUUAGUGAAGGCUCCAUAUGUGCAAUUUGCCUUGAUAAUUUUCUGGUGGAGGAACAAGCAUGCGAGAUGCCUUGUAAUGAGAAUCAUAUAUUCCAUACUAAAUGCAUUCGCCAAUGGUUGGAGCGGCAGAAUACUUGUCCUGUCUGCAGAACAGAAUUUCCCAAACAAAGCAAAGAUAGUGUCGACAUUUAG